GAAUAGGUGUCAAUUCUAUUGAUACUGACGGAUCGUAUAAUCAUGCGGUUCCUAUCAUUUGAAUACAAACAGUCAUGUUCUGUAGGUAACGAAUAAAAUCAUGGAAACGUAUAACUCUAUUUAAUAAUGGGUAAAUGCCAAGUUUGUUCACUGAAUUUAUUAAAAUGUGUAGUGUUUAGUCACUGAAAAAAUUAAUAUCAAUUUUGGGCACUCGAGUUACUGAAACAAUCCACAUUUAGUCACUCUCCGUUAGUCUCCAUCCAACUCCGUUAAUGGAGUCCGUUAUGUGUUGACAUGACUAACGAAAUCUCCUAGUCAGUGUCAUUUUGGGAUGGAAAUGGUGAAACCAGACUUGCCGCGUCAUAUGCCCAACCCAUUAACCCAACCCGACCCAUGAACCCAACCCAUGAACCAAACCCUAAAAUGCAAAAUAGUUUCAGUGAUUCCAUUCUCCUUCCUCUCGAUCCCUACUCCCUUGACCCCUUUGUUUCAGUUUCUCCUUAGAAGUCCUUCUCUUAUGUUCUUCAUCUGAGAAGCAAGGGAAUCGCCAUCCAAGUCACUCUUUCUACCCACUUUCUCUUCUGUCCUCCAAGAAGCUCUCUAUUUGAACCAGCAAAAGAUUAACAAUAUUCACCACCAAUCGCCACAAACCCAGAAAAGAAUCGGUACAAACCGACCUGGUAGUCCUAACUAUUUGCGUUGCCAAUCUCGAGAAGGAGGAACGCUUCUUACUCUGGUUUCAUCCAUGUAUCAACGGAAGGAUGAUGGAGAGAUCGAGAUGGAAGUUCUGGGCUCUCCUUUCACGAAACCCAGAUCUACCAUAAGAAAGGAAGAAGAUGUUGUUGGGCGUAAAUGUUGACUGCACCGAUUGGGAUCUUCAGAUGUUGGAUAUAGGGAGUAUUUUGAUCGAAUCUUAGACACCGCCGCCGCCACUUCUCUUAACUCCAAUUGACUAGAACCUAAACAUGCCGACCCACCAAGAUGAUCUUGACCUUCUUCUUUCACUUCAGGACCAAGACUUCCCUGAGCUCACUAAAAAUUCCCAGGUAAACUGUAACACCAUAGACCGGCUGGCCACUACUUUUACCAAAAUACCCUUAAUAUUAGUCAAAUAGUGAAUGCAUAAAAGACACAUUAACAUCAUUCGAAAAUACAAGGAAAAUCCAUCUUAAAAUAGUAUUCAAACAUAAUCCUCAUUAAGUCUCAAGUCCACCAACAAUACAUAAACUUAAAUAAGUUCCGCUGGAAGCUCUUCGGGUCACUAACCCUUGUGAUGACAUCUUGGGCAGCAACUAUGUCCUUGCAUUUGAUCUCGAUACUCUUGAUUCCCUGCAGAUCUUGAGUGCGGGCGUUGGGGUCAGUCCUAAUCCUAGUUUCGCUUUAAUGGCGGAAAGCUUGUAAUAACAUGCUUGAAUAAAUAAUAAAUAUGCUCAUGCAAUGCAUAGUAUGUUAUUCGUAUUAUUUCAUAUAAAAGGGGCCCCGAACUCGACUCAACUAGCACACCGACCGACACCGAUCGUAACAUAUAUAUAUGUGAGCUUCCACCUAAUGGGAAGACACAUCUUAAUCAUAGACUUCCACCUAGUGGGAAGUAAGGUAACCACGUGCUAUCUAAGCAACUGGCCGGCACCAACAUAACUUAUCAUAAUCAUAAACUUCCACCUAGCGGGAAGUAAGGUGGCCGCGUGUUGCUAGUCGAGCAAGUAGUUAAAAACGUAUUCUUACUUAAUAGCUUGGUAACUUGGAACGUAAGUCCAUAACUUGCUUGAAACAUAAUCUUGUAUCUUCUUAUUUAAAACGUAACUUCAUGAUGGAAUGCAAUGCCAUGCUUACUGAACAUAAGUAAACUUACCUUGAACAUACACAUAGAGCAUAACUUAAUUAAAUGGCAUAUUUAGAUAAAUUAAAGCGAAAUACUAACUAGCCCCCCUCAAACCAGACACCUUAUUUAGUCAAGCCGUUUACAACUUGAAGAUUGGUACCCUUCACUUGGGUGAUCGCCUCUUGAUCCUAUCGCGAAAAUAGAGGUUAGAUCAGUUUGAUGUCGGGUUCUUAGCGACGGGUUUCUCGACUUGGAGCUACUUUGCAAUAUGUGCAAAGUAUGGUAUAUUAAUGUACCCAUUAAUUUAUCAUACUAACAACUUUAAGCAGCCAAUUUAAUUGCUUGGCAAAUGUGCCUAAUUCACUUACCUAGCUGGAUUCAGGAAGCAUAAUAUAACACAUUUUACCUUAUUGAAUAAACUAGCAAAUUUACCCCUUAACAUAUUAUCUUCUAGUAAUUUGUCAAAACAUUCUACCAGCAACGCUAAUAAUUUGCUAACUAAUCACUUAGAUAUGUUCACCUAUCAACUUGUUUAAAGAACCACUCAACAACAUAAUUCAUCAAAUUAUCGAUCGGGUUGAUUAACUAAAUUUUCACAUUACUUUAACCAUCUCAAAUUAAAUCAUUGCAUCAAUUGCUAAGUUAAUUAAGUGAUGACAUUCUACUCCAUACACUAAUAUAAUUACCUAUUAAUUAUCUUAACCAAAGUAAUUUAUUGGUUACACAUUUAAUCGACCUAAACUACUCCAAUUAACCAUAUAUAAUUGACGUGUAUUAACUUAAGAAUCUAAAUAGCAACUGCUCCAGGUCCUUUAGUAACGGCCACAAAUCGGUCACUAAAACACAUUGCUAACCGUCCCCAAAGGGCUACCGCUAGUUCUUAUGGGGUUAGCUUUUAGUGACGGUUGAAAGACCAUUGUUAAAAACCUGAAAUCCGGUCGCUAAUCUCCUAGGAUUCUACUAACUCGUAUAACCCACACGAAUGUCGAACUCAAUUUAAGGGAUCAGGCCUCCUUACCUCGUAUGCGUUCCUAGACCUAGAUUCCAGUCAGUGGGACCUUAGUUUCCUUGCUUAAAUCGUCAUUCGAUCCCCCGUACCUUUUGUCGUCAAAGCAACGGCGAAGACAACCAUGGUUAGUACAUAUAGAGCUUUGAAGCUUGAAGAGUGUUGGGGUUUUGUCAUUCUUACCUACUAGUCUCUAUAGGGAGUGGAAGAUACGAAGGGAAUCGACACUAGCUAGUAGUGUAGCUUCUCCGGAACGACAAUGAUCGGGUGAUGUGGCCGGCGAUGCGGCGGAAAAGAUGACGGAAGGGACGAGGGCUAGAGCUUUCGUUAGCCUCCUCCUCCUGUUGGCGGUGGAAACGAUGAUGAUUGGGGAUAAAUGGAGUGGCUUCUCUAAUGAUGAUGAUGAUGACGGUCGGGAGGCUAUGGCGGAAGGGAGCGAUUGGAAGGAGGGGGUGAACGUGAUGAUGAUGGGAGGAAGAAAUGGCGUUUCUGGAGAGCAAUAACGAUGGAGUCGUGGGGAGGUAGCUGGGUUGUUCUCUUGUGUGCGGUCGGAGGAAGAAAACGAUUUGCUUUAUGGAAGGAAGGGGAUCGAUUUGCAUCAUUGAGGGAGCACUGACACUGCUCCAACUGUAUCACUCCAUCCCUAAUAAUUCCUCAGCCACUCACGUUUAUUGGCAUGGGUCGGGUUAUUACAUAAACCCUCAACUUUCUCCUUCUCUUAAAUUCUUCGAAUUCGGCUUGAAUCGCUUGUUUGAUUGAGUUUUGAUACCGACUUUGCUAAAUGUAGGACUUGUAUCUGACGACGAAGGUUAGUCCAGGCAAAGAAGAGAGGGGAAAGGCGCUUACACACGAAGAAGAAGGAGGAGGAGGAGGAGGUCUAGGGGGUCGCAUGGCUGGCUCCAUUCCUCCCUGGUCUCAGACGACUUCCAUGAAAAUAGAAGAGGAAUAGACAAGGGAUCGGGAGGAAGGAGAAACGAAGAACUGAAAGUGGCCCAUUUGCUAUUUUCAUUUUAGGAUUUAAGUGUUCAUGGGUGGGUUGGGUUAGCUGACAUGGCGUGUUUGCUGAUGUGACAGGUUGGGUUUCACUAUUUCCCGCCCAAAACGACGAUGACUAGGCGAUUCCGUUAGCUAUGUCAGCAUAUGAUGGACUCAAUAAACGGAGUGAGACGGAAACUAACGGAGAAUGACUAAAUAUAGACUAUUUCAGUAAUUCGAGUGACUAUUAUUGAUAUUAAAAAAAAUUCCAAAUAUAUUCGCCUAAUUAAUGUUGUUUUUCUCAAAUAUUUGCUGGUUUAUUUGGAAGCACAGGAAUGAUCACAUAUUCAAAGGGGGCAGAAUCUCCAAACCCACCUUGAUCAUUUACAUUCUCACUAAGGCAAAAGAUUAGAGCAAGUCUUGGAAGGGAUGCAGAGCUAUCAUAUCCUCCUUGACAAGUCCAAAUAGAGAAGAGCAACUUGUUGGGUGGACUCCUCCGCCUGCAGGGUGGUUAAAACUUAAUACUGACGGAGCAUCUCAGGGAAACCCAGGUAUGGCAACAGCAGGUGGUUGUAUUCGCGACAAAGGCGGUGACUGGGUAGGUGGUUUCUGCUGCAAAAUUGGCUCCGGGACUGCGAUUUUAGCAGAGUUGUGGGGUAUUCAUCAAGGUCUUGAAUACGCUUGGAAAAAAGGGGCUAAGCUCUUAAUAUUAGAAACAGACUCCAAACUGGCAGUGGAAUUGAUUACCAAAUGUACAUAUCAGAUCCAUCCUCAUGCCAUGCUUUUGAAUGCUAUUCGGAGGCUUCUUGCUCAGAACUGGAUUGUUCGUCUUGUUCAUACGUAUCGCGAAGGGAAUAGAGUCGCGGACUAGCUCUCGAAGCACAGUCUCGUCUAUCCUUUCGGUACGCAUGAACUAGACGAGCUGCCGGUAAAAGUGAAUCGGAUUUUACGGGAAGACAUUGUCGGCGUUAGCUUCUCGAGACAGACUGAUAUUGAGGAUUAGAGAAUCUCUACCAAUAGGCUGGCUGCUGGGCUGUUGGCCCCUGUAAUUUGAAUCUUGGCAUUUUUGCCUCCCUUUAUUAAAAAAAAUCUAGAUCAAAGAAAACAUGAUUAGGCAA